CCAGCCCCACCUCCGCCCAAUAGGUUCUUUCAAGAAUGGACUCGUGAAUUCUCUCUGCUGACGGGAUACGGUAUAUCUCAUGAUGAGCGCGUGAACGAGAUUGGACGCCGCAAUUGCGAGAAAUGGAAGAAAGAGCUCUUAAAUUACAGUCCUUCGGUUGUUUUCAUGCUGCGACAAUUGAAGCUUGCCGGAGUUGACGUCAAAUCUGAAAAUCUGCCAUGUUCCCCAUGCGACCAGACUCGGACUGGUGGAUUUUUGCCCGAUCACGGAGCUAUCAUUCUUUGUCAGGCUAAUUUACUGGGCAACAAAGACCACUUGGAACAUACGAUGGUUCAUGAACUUGUGCAUAUGUUUGAUCAUGUCAAGUUCAAGGUCAGAUGGAACGAUCUGAGACAUCACGCAUGCAGCGAGAUUCGUGCAGCUAGCCUGAGUGGUGAGUGCAAAUGGACAAGGGAGGUGGAUCGCCGCAUCUUGAACUUCUCUAAGCAGCAUCAGGCGAGUCUGCCAUCCGCCUGCGUACGCCGACGUGCUAUCACAGCCGUUAUGGCGAAUGAGGCGUGUCUAGACAAAACGGCCGCGGAACGUGCUGUGAACGAGGUCUGGGAAAGCUGCUUCAAUGAUACACGGCCCUUUGACGAAGUA